GAAAUUAUGCCCCCCACCCAGUCCCUGAAAGAAUCCUUCUUACAUCUCACUCACCUUCCAGGAUUCCUUUCCAGCCACCACCUCCUAACCAAUGAACCGGCUCACCACUUAUUUCCAGGAGAACCAACAGAAAUCCACCAAUGUAGUCUAUCAGGCCCACCACGUAAGCAGGAGUAAGAGAGGGCAGGUGGUUGGAACAAGAGGCGGAUUCCGAGGAUGUACUGUUUGGCUGACAGGUCUCUCCGGUGCUGGGAAAACAACAAUAAGCUUUGCUCUGGAAGAGUACCUCGUCUCCCACGCCAUUCCAUGUUACUCCCUGGAUGGGGACAAUGUCCGUCAUGGCCUUAACAAAAACCUUGGAUUCUCUCCUGGGGACCGAGAGGAAAAUAUCCGCCGGAUUGCUGAGGUGGCCAAGCUGUUUGCUGAUGCUGGUCUCGUCUGCAUUACCAGCUUCAUUUCUCCAUUCACAAAGGAUCGUGAAAAUGCCCGCAAAAUCCAUGAAUCGGCAGGACUGCCAUUCUUUGAAGUAUUUGUUGAUGCACCUCUAAAUAUUUGUGAAAGCAGAGAUGUCAAAGGCCUGUACAAACGGGCACGUGCUGGGGAGAUUAAAGGAUUCACAGGUAUUGAUUCUGAUUAUGAGAAGCCCGAAACUCCUGAGUGUGUGCUGAAAACCAAUUUGACUUCCGUGAGUGACUGUGUCCAGCAGGUGGUGGAACUUCUGCAAGAGCAGAACAUCGUACCCCAUACAGUAAUCAAAGGGAUCCACGAACUUUUUGUGCCAGAGAACAAACUUGAUCAAGUUCGAGCUGAGGCCGAGUCACUUCCUUCAUUGUCAAUUACCAAGCUGGAUCUCCAGUGGGUUCAAAUUCUGAGUGAAGGCUGGGCCACUCCCCUCAAAGGAUUUAUGCGGGAGAAGGAGUAUUUGCAAACCCUACACUUUGACACCCUGCUCGAUGGCAUUGUCCGUCAUGACGGAGUGAUCAACAUGAGCGUCCCGGUUGUGCUGCCCGUCUCCACAGACGAUAAGGCUCGGCUGGAAGGGUGCGGCGAGUUCGUCCUCAUGUUCAGUGGACGGAGGGUGGCUAUUUUACGUGACCCCGAAUUCUAUGAGCAUAGGAAGGAGGAACGUUGUUGUCGUGUGUGGGGGACAACAUCUACAAAACACCCCCAUAUCAAGAUGGUGAUGGAAAGUGGAGAUUGGCUGGCUGGGGGAGAACUUCAAGUGCUGGAGCGAAUACAGUGGAAUGAUGGGCUGGACCAGUACCGCCUGACACCUCUGGAGCUCAAACAGAAAUGUAAAGAAAUGAAUGCUGAUGCGAUUUUUGCAUUCCAGUUGCGCAAUCCUGUCCACAAUGGCCAUGCUCUGUUGAUGCAGGACACCCACCGCCAGCUCCUGGAGAGGGGCUACAAGCACCCGGUGCUGCUGUUGCACCCCCUGGGGGGCUGGACCAAGGAUGACGAUGUGCCGCUGGACUGGCGAAUGAAGCAGCAUGCAGCUGUGCUCGAGGAGGGCGUCCUGGAUCCCAAGUCAACCAUUGUCGCCAUCUUCCCAUCACCUAUGUUAUACGCCGGCCCCACAGAGGUCCAGUGGCACUGCAGGUGCCGGAUGAUGGCAGGGGCCAAUUUCUAUAUUGUGGGCAGGGAUCCUGCAGGAAUGCCUCACCCUGAGACCAAGAAGGAUCUGUAUGAACCUACUCAUGGGGGCAAGGUCUUGAGCAUGGCACCUGGCCUCACCUCUGUGGAAAUCAUUCCAUUCCGAGUGGCUGCCUACAGUAAAGCCAAAAAGGCCAUGGACUUCUAUGAUCCAGAAAGGCACAAUGAGUUCGACUUCAUCUCAGGAACUCGUAUGAGAAAGCUCGCCAGGGAAGGAGAAAAUCCCCCAGAUGGCUUCAUGGCCCCCAAAGCAUGGAAAGUGCUGAUGGAUUAUUACAGAUCCCUGGAGAAGAUCAACUAAAUGCUCUUUGGCUCCAAAGUCUCCUUCUGAAGUGCUCUUUGAUUACCUUUUCUAUUUUUGUGAUUAGAUGCUUUGUAUCCAAUUGUUUCUCAGUGAUUUUAAAGUUAGUAUUUUAUGAGGUACAAUUGCUUUUCAGUGAUUUUAAAGUUAGUAUUUUAUGAGGUACAAAAUUGUGCAUAUAAUUUAAAGUCAACUUCAUAUAUGUAUAUACAUAUAUAUACAUACAUAUAUUUGUAUAUAUAUGUAUAGAUAUACAUAUAUGAAGAUAAAAAUCUUAGCAGGUGAAAGCAAUAUUGUUACACAUUUCAGAAUGAAAUUAGCUAUGCUGUCUACUGCAUCUGAGCAGGUAGGUCCCAGAUUUCUUAAAGCUUUGACCAUGUGUCCAGUUUACAUGUCAAAACUGGAAGUGUACUUUCCAGCUUAUCCUUGGCAACCAGCAAUCCCAAUAUCAUAUCCCAGUAGUAAAAUAAAUCAGAUGAAAUUCUCUUCCCUCCAACUGACUGUAUACAGCCUACUGCCCAGUAACCUAAGUGCUGAGGACUGGAGAAACCAAAUGUGUGAUAAUGUGAAUUUAAUCUUAGAGAUCUAUGCAGCCUAAUUUCUGCCGUGAAAGUUGUAUCAUCUAGUAAGGAGAGGUCUUAACGGUCUUCUGUGAAUAAUGUAAGUCCAACAUGGUGACAUUAAAUAGUGUAGCAUGUUUUGAUAAAAGGAUUUGUUCCAAGGAUCAAACAAUCUGGCUAUCUUUGCUGUGGUCAUUAUAUCCUACAGACAGUCUGAGCCAAUUUGACUGCAGUGGCAGCGGCUGUCACCAAAAAUUCACACCAUCAGACUAGCAAGGUGCUAGAAUAGGAAAAGACCAUGAAAACAAUUUGAACCUUUCAUCUUAGAGGUGAACAAAAUGAGGUGGCCCAUGAAAGUGCUCCCUGAGCUGCUGAGCACCAUCACAAAAGCACAAAAUCGACAUCCGAAGUAUUGAUGGCCCUGAAUGAGUGCACAGGUCCCUGAACACUCUGGUGCUGAAGCUCCUUGAUCAUUCGCCACUUAAAAAGCAGUCUUGGCUAUAGCAAGGCCUGGGUUUUUCUAAACUCUACUGAUCCUUAACUGUAGAAAACACUUUCCCAAGGACUCAAGCUGUUCUGAGAAAUCCUGAGACGCCUUCACUUUUUGAGAGGUAAUCUGUUGUACUUUACAGGUAAUUCGCCAUUGCCAACGAAUGUUUGAACAACACCUUUUAUAUAUAUAAUAAGUCUCUCUGGAAGGGACCUAGACUGGAAAAGAGAAAACUGUGAUGUAUUUCAUAUUGUCCAUUUUAAAAAAUGCUAGUCUUAGCUAAUUAAUAAUUCUUUUGAGAAUAAAUCACAUACAAUGGCCACAGCAGUUUGUCCUUUCGUAUAGUACUGAACAUUUAUAGAUGUACCAUUGCCUUUUUAAAAAGCAACAUAUUUAUUGAAAACAUGAGACAGGAUGUUGUGCCUUAACCAAAUGUAUUUUUAAAAACAUAUUUAAAACUGCUCUUCUGCUCUACUGUGACACUUGUGCAAAUGACUAUUUCUGUAUACAACUGAUGCUUGCCCUUAUUUUAAUAAAUUUCUCAAAAUAAUGGCUGAGU